UCGCAUCGUCCGCUCACAUGCUAAUCCUCAUCAGGUGCACGAGCAUUCAAUUUCGCCCAUUGUCAUCCACUCCUCCCCGCUAUUGUCCUCCCACCCCAGCUAUCCCUCCGCCCAAUCAACCCGCUCGCUCACUCCGAUGCCUCUCACACCCUGAGAACCAACCCAUUCACGCCGUCCGCCAUGGCUUCGGUCGACGAGCAGUCCACUGUUCCUCCCAUCGCGAGAUCCCAGGAAGACCGUGACGACCUCACCGCCAUCGACCGCGCAAUCGAACGCAUGCGCGCCUUCACCCCAGCCGAUCCAUACGUCCUCACGAUCCCCCAGGACGUUGAGCCCCGCUAUCACCACUCCUACCUCUACCAGUCCAAGCAGUGGCUGCACAAUACCCCCUUCCAGCCCCGCGAGCACGAAAGCACACAAUACCAAACCUUUGUUUACCACGAGCCCGGCAAGGAGAUGUACAUGCUGCAUAACUCGCGCCAUGGCGAGGCGGAGAAGGGCGAAGAGAAGAACGGCAUACGUACCGGAGCAAAUACACCCAAUGCCCAGCCAAAGAAGACCAUCAGCCUGACGGCAUACAAGAAGAAGCAGGCAGGCUUGACGCCAGAGCAAGGGCUCGCGAAGGAGAGUGAGGCGGUGGUGAAGAAGCCGGCGGUCAAGGGCCCGCUGGAAAGAGUCAAGGCAGAUGAGGAGGUGCUUGCUGUGAUUGAAGGGGAUCGAGAGCUGCAGCCUUCGCCGCCAAAGGAGGAGGAGAAGGAUCUGAAGCGGAAGAGAGAUGAUGCUUCUGAGAAAGACGGGAAGACGGAGCAGGCUGGGCGAAAUGGGCAUGUGGAGGAGGAAGGCCGCGCGAAGAAGGCGCAACGAUUGACUCCGCCAUCAUCCACUACAGAGCCAUCGCGAAAUGCGACCAAGAAAGUCGAUGGAAAGCAGCCUCGUUCGCCGGAACACGACCGCAGUCGACCUGCCCAAUCCAAGCCAGCAGCAGCUGAACCGAUGGAGUUCACCCUCCCGCCCAAACUGUCUCCGCCCCGAUCAGCUCCUGCAGAAUCAAGUACAGAGCCCGCGACCAAAUCACCACACAGCGCCAUACCGCAACUACCUUCGCGCCUUUCCUCCAGCAUGUCCGAUCUAAUGAAGCAAACAUUGAGCGCACGCACUCCCCGAUCCCGAUCCGUGUCCAAAGAUGCAACCACUCAACAUCGCACUCCGCCCUCCAAGAGUGUUCCACGCAAUGCGUUCCGCGCCAACUCCAACAUGGCUAGCCAUGGAGAUGAGGGGUCUUCGGAAGAUGCAUCAGGCGGCAAGAAGGUGGAGAAAGCGAGCAAACGACACGAUCACUCCGGCCGCUCGCCGUUGGGGCCAGUGGUGAAGCUGAAGUUCAAGUCGCAAGGCGAGAAGGUGAAGCGUUUAUUGAAGAAGCCACCAAAUCCUUCAAAGCUGUUAGAAGGGGAAGAGGCAGCGAAAAAGUCUUGGCCAGAUGCGCAAGUUGUCAAACCAUCUACGCUCGCCAAAGACGAUGUCGAGAGGGACUCUGCCAAGCGUAAACGGUCUCACGCGGAAGACAACGGGAAUCUGGAUAAUGUCCCUACGAAGCGCAAAAAAUCGAGCCCCGACAGAGCAGAACCCAGGAAGCGCGACGAACCCAGCACACCCGUACCGUCGGAUCAGAUCUCUCCGCCCAGCGCGCCCAAUUCUCGCUUUCCCAUUACUCCCGGUGGAAUCCGCAAGGGCAAAGACUUGCUUCCCACCAGCAUGAAGCGAGACAACAGCAACGACAGCCGAAUCAACACUCCGCCGCCCAUGUCCCAUUCCUCCCCGAGCAUCAACGGCACCCCGGCAGCGACCUCCUCUAAUAAACAACAACAACAAGAACAACCCUCCACCAACGGCAACCCCAAACACCUCGCCCCCAGCGUCAAAACGCCCAAACAACAAGCCUUCGAAGCAGAGCAAAUCCGCCUCGAGAAACUAGGCAAAGAACUCAAACACGCCGCAACCGCACACCUCAAACCACCCGCCUCGAGCACCACCCACUCCCAACCCCCAACCCCUCGCGACCAAAAGCUCGCCGCAAUCAAAUCCCUUGAAUCCCUGCUCGCCUACCUCCUAGCCUUCACCUGCGCCGACGCCGCCGCCCUGUCCGCAGACCCCAAACUCGCGCCCUCCCCGCGCCCCUGGAAGUCCCUGCACGGCUUCCUAGGCUUCGUCAAAGCGCACUGCGAGCCCUUUCCCGCGCUGCAGGGCUUGGCGUGCUGGUUGGGCGUGGUGUUUCAUUCGCGGGUGCUGGAGCUCGCGGCGCGCGGGGGUGUGGGGAGUCUGAGUAGGGAGGCGGUGUUGGAUUCUGUUGCUGCUAUGGGCAAAGCGGGGCGGGAAGCGGAAGGGAAGUUGGAUUUUGAUGCGCUGAGGGAGAAGUUUCCCAGGGCUUGGGAGGAGCGGUCGAGGGAGGUGGAGGCCGAGGAGGAGUUAGAGAUUGCUUCUCCUGCUGGUGCUGGUGAGGGCGGAAAGAGUGGGAGGGUAGCGUUCGCGGGACCGUACAAAUUGCCGCUCGGCGCGCAAUCGAGUCCUUUGCGGGCGGCGAGGGCGGGGUAUGCGAUGUUGGAGGAGUGGAUUGACGGCCAGGGUGGUGGGGAGGAGCUGUAUGCUUUGAAGCUGAGGCUGUGAUUGAGAGCGCUCGGGUUGGACACAAAACUCGAUGCUUGGAACGAAGAGAUACCCCCCCAGGACGACCGGGCAAGAAGUAGUUACGAUCUCUUUGACGAAACUAGCAGAUCUCACCACAUAAAAAGACCAUUGGCAUCGAGUCGCAUCAUCUCACGGUUAUAUGCAUAUUUUGACCUCUGUCCACUACUACAUACUCGCUCCCUCUCUCUCUCUCCUCUUCUCAAGCAGUCAAGGAUUAUUUCUCCCUCCCUUCACGUCCCCAGAAUGCAUCCCA